AAAUGUCCUGAAAAAUUCUACAGAAUCAGAACCUUUCUAUAAAUGGCUUUAAGGUCAACCUUCACAAGUACCCCGCAAAUGUCAGCUGCAUCCAGCGUAGACGUUGACGAGAGUUAAUUAGGAACAAUUAGUAGAUCCUCCUGCCGAGAGUCUCUAGAUUACCUUUCCUUCCUUCCCUCCCCUCCUGCUGCUGCUGCUACUGCAGAGUCCAGCACUGCCGUGUGUGUGUAGCAGGGAAAGAAAUGAGAGAUGAGUCCCGGGCUCCCUUUUCUUCCCCCUCCUUCGCAGAGCGGUGCAUUGUGGAGGUAACCAUUGAGGAAGCAUCCUCUAGCGCUGUCCUGGACCGGGAGCUGUCCAAGGUGCUACUUCUCCGGGCAGUUCCUGCAAAACACACGCCUUUCUUCUAUUCGCUCGCCUGCCCGCCUCUGUCUGUCUCUUCCACGUAUUUCCGUAUAUCCCCUCAGUACAUUGUUCCACUGGCAGGAGAAGACCAUGGUGUUUGCUCCAGGGGAUAAACCUGGAAAUGAAUAUGAAGAUGCAAAGCUUCAGAAUGCCAGCAAACAGAUAGUGCAUACUGCCAUUCAGCAGGCCGUACAACAGCUCUCCCAGGAGAACCAGCAAAAGGCCAAGGGAACAAACAGCAGUGUCAACCUACAGCUCGAAAGAGGGGAGUUAACCAAGAAGCAUGAAAAGAAGUAAAAGGUCACCAAGGCUGCUCUUGGAUCAUCUGGUCUGCUGCCUUCUUAGUAUCCGCUGUCUCACCAGCACAGCACUACUACAGAAAAACAAACCAAAGUGUAAUCAGCACAUAGUGAUACAUGUAUACAAUUGCAAUAUGCCGCAGCUGAGAAAUAGGGUUUUAAGUGCAUUAGGCCAUGUAACAAAUAUUUAUGCAGUGCCUCUUAACAUGUAACAAAACAAUGCUGUGGCUACUGAAAUUAUGUCAGAUUCAAACCUUUUGUAGAGUACAGUUCAAGAUUUAGAACACAUUCUUGUAUUUUCCUGUACAUCAUCGGUGUCUGUUUGGAUAGCAAUCUUUGCUGAAAUUCCAGCUUCCUAGGAAUCCACCAUACUAAUGACACACACAAUUGGAAGAUGUACUUUCAGAUUCCUCAAAGUGGGGUGGGGGGUGGGGGGAAGGCAGCAAUACAAUAGGGAUUAGAACUAGCUGCGAAUGAGCUGGAUUUAAUCCAUUAUGCUUUAACUCACUGAUUUCACCUCUUGCUCUUUUAACCAGCUCUUCAAGAUGUGAAUUGAAUAAACAAAAGAAAGUUUGGUGCCACCAAGUCCCACUAUACUGAAUGAAACCUAAAUUAAGAGCAUGAUCUAUUUCCUGCUGGAUAAAACUAGUGGUCCAUCUAGUCCAGCAUAUUGUUUUGGUGGCCAACCACAUGCCCUGUAAGGCCAAUGGGGCACAGAGGCCACAGAAUCCACUUGAUCCUUCCUAACACUGGCAUUCAGAGGUUUGCUGCCAGUGCCUUUACAAAUGGAGGUUCCCUUUAGUCACCCUGACUAGUAGCCAUUGAUGUAUCUUUCUUCAUGAAUUUGUUUAAUCCCCUUUAAAGUCAUCUGCGUUCGUGAAUAUUGUUACAUCCACUAGUGCAAUUCACAAUUCAGUUGCUCAUUUAGCAAAGCAGUUCUUCCUUUCCAUGUCUUUCAGUCAGAGUUAAGAACAUGGUACAUUCCACUUUUUACUGGGUUGGUUAUCUUUGUGUCCAAAGUUAAUAUUUCUGUUCACAUGCAUUUAGACUUACAGUUGCUAGUACCAUCGGAAGUUCUAGUGCAUUCAUCCACCUGCACAAUGAACAGUUGAUUUGAAUGAGGCUUCUGUAAGGAAGAUUCACUGUGGCCUCUGCCCCAGACAUUAAGAGGUGAACAAAGAUAAACAACUACCUUUGUGACAUGUGAAUGUGAUGUUGUGAGCAGAUUGCAGAAUACUCUGUAGGAACUUCCUGUGGGGCUGAUUCACAGCUAAUUUGCCCACCUGCAAAUAUUAUCAUUGGCUUCAAUCAAGUAGCUCCAAUGUGCUAUUGGAGUUUCAUGCAUAAAGUGUUUUCUUUUCCCAUGAAAACAGGAACUCUCUGUGCUAUGAAAACAAAGAUAAUGAGAGGUCAAUGCAUGAACUUCAGAUUUUGCUCAUUAUAUACAAUAAAAGUAAUCCAAAGGGGGAACUCUGAGCUUUGUAUCUUCUAUUAAUCCACAAAAGCCUUCCAGGCUGUGUUAUAUAUCCUUAUAUGCAGUUCUGCUGAAAGACAACUAUAUAUUAAAGUACCAUCUCAAAGGCUGCUUGAAUGUUUCAGAAUAAAUAAAUACAAACAAAA